AUGCAGUCAACCUUCCUUCCUCCUACUCAGCCUGGGACUCCUCCUGCUGGAACUCUUACAAAGAAACGUCGACUGAAACUGAAAUUGUCUAAAAAAAUUAAUCGACCUGCAAAUGACAGUAAUGACGAUGCUGCAAGAAAUGAAUUGACACCAAUCAAGAAACGCCCUGAUCAUACAUACGCCAACAUUGACCCUGAUUUCUUUAAUGACGCAUCCUCUCACUCAAAACGCACAACGGAUAAAUAUCCCGCACAUCCAAUGGUUAAAAGGCCCGCCGUUUCAGUUCGUUUUGAUGAGGAUAAAGAGCCCGAGUGCUCAGACGAUAUCUUGGACGCAGAUUCAUAUGACUACGUAGACAAUGAGUGGCAGAGUAAUGCAUCGGGCUCAGAUUACAGCUCUGUUCCUGCUUGCCGGACAAGUCAGGCGACGUCGUCUCAGGUUGCCUCGGCACUGAUACAUGUUCAUGUUCACCAGACGAAUCAACCGGAUGAGGACGGUCAACAGUCACUUUAUGAGCAUCUAAAACCAGUGUCCAAAAGUGACUAUUUAGACUUCAGGGGGCUCAGUGCUCUUGGAAUAACUGCAAAUAAUAGCCUCAGUAAUUCACGUCCACGCCUCGGCGAAACGAUAACGCUGGAGUGUAACAUUGUUAUUGGGACCGCCAAGAGUGUUACAUGGUACAAGGACAGAAAUGACACGCGAAAAACAGUUUAUUUCACGCACAAUUGUAGUGUUGUCGCAGUCAAGUAUAAAUCAAGAUCAAAAAACGUUCAGUGUGAUACGCAGAAUUAUAAUUUUCAAAUAAGUGAAGUUCAACAUUCGGACAGCGGGGAAUGGCAGUGUGAGGCAGAUGGAGAAGUGGCCAAACCACCGCUGGAAUUAAAUGUUUUAGUUCCACCCCUCACCCCGACAGUUAAAAAUCCAUCACCGGUGAAGGUCGGAGACAGUAUAAAAUUCACCUGCAAUGCUGAAAAUGAAAACGUCACACAACCAAUCAGGUACCAGUGGACUAAAAAUGGCAACAAUGUCUUAACAAGGAAUAUUGCACCUGAUGGUGCCUUGCUUCUUUCGUCUGUCAAAAAAUCAGAUGCUGGGAAGUAUGUCUGUGUCGCAAAAAAUGAUGCCGGAUCUGAGGCAAGCGCGGAACAGGAUUUUGUUGUUGACUCUGGAUCCGAGUCUUUACAAAUCAAGACAACCACGGCGUCAAAUUCAAAAUCGGAAAAAGAAACGGAAACAUUCACAUGUGAAGCUAUUGUCGACAUUACGGUGACAUCGGUGAAAUUAAUACUCCAGAAUGGGACUACGAAUGAGACGCUGAUUGAGGCAAACAGUAGUGUUGUGACAUUUCGCCGACAAAUGAUGCGACAGGAUAACAAGGUGAAGUUCUACUGCGAAGCGACUGGGCCAGGAAUUCCCAAUUCGUUGUCGUCGGAUAUCAUCACAUACAACGUAUUAUUUCCAAACAACGUUCAAGUCAAAGUCAGCAAGACGACGGUAAAUGAACAUGAAUUUGUGCGUUUUGAGUGCGACACCAGUGGGGGCAACCCAGAGCUCGUCAAGCGGUACCAGUGGCUCUGGAAGAAGAGUGGCUCCACCAAGGAACAGGUCAUCCAAGACACCGAAACCAGCACACAGAAUGGAAAGUAUUUGGAGUUCACGCGUAUCCCAUACGAUAAGAGUGGGACAUACUCUUGUAAGGCUUGGAAUCUUGGUGGAAUGGGACAGGCGUCGACAGUCCUUAAUGUACAAUACUCUCCAAGGAUAGACCCGGAAGCGAAAAUGAAAUAUGAUGUGGCGGGCGAAAUUGGCAAGGAGGCAAUGUUUAAACUGUUCAUCGUCGCAAACCCAUCUCCAACCAAAACUGAUUACACCUGGUCCAAGGAUGGCAAUGUCCUAUCGAGAACAUCACCGGAUUAUGAAAUAACUUCCCGGCCAACAUCCAGCAAGUUGAAAAUCAAGAACGUCAAAUCCUUGGAUUAUACCAAUUAUUCCUGUUCGGUUAAAACGAGUGCAUUCGAAGCCAAGAUUUUCAAUUUCACGCUUAACAAAGCAGAAGCAACCCAAAGCUCGAAAGAAACAAACAAAACAUAUAAAGAUGGCAUCGGUUUGAUCGCUGUAGGGGGCUCACUGGUGGUCAUCAGCAUUGUCAUCGGCAUUGUCAUAAUCGUUAUCAAACACAAGGAGAAGUCCAGUGGCAGAAAAAAGGGUGAUGAUCAGGAAUCGCAAGACAAUGUGGUAACAGACCAGUCAGCCCUAUCAGGAGGUCAAGUCAAUCAUGCGAUGCGGCUCCCCCUUCCACGUUCAGAAUGCGAACCUAAUGAAAAUCGCAAAGUUGCAAAAUCAAAACUCCGAACGCCUGAUGUCGUGUCGGACACGAAUCAGUACGUCGAGAGUGCUCUCCACGUGCCCGUCGGCAAGAACGGGAGUCAGAAGGAAGUUCGCCCGACAUUGCUCAGGCCGACACAGCCCGCUAGUCCUGCUAAGGAACAUCUAUACGAGAAUGUGAAAAGGAAGAUCCAGCCACAGCAAAAGAGUGGCAGUGAAGGUGUACCUAAGCAAAUUGGAGUGGACGGCACAGUGUACGCGAAACUUUCGUUCCAACCUGCUAAACACGACCAUCCAGUAAGGCGGACUGAAGAGCCAUCACCAUACUCAACUGUCGAUUUCAGCCGAAAGGCGCCGCCUUUGGAAGAGAAAGAAGAAGUACUUGUGCAGUACAUUACUUAGUUACGAAAUUGGCCUUUGUGCAUCUUAAUCUCCUGGUGACACAUCAUACACACGAAGUAAUCAUUGAAGAUUUCCAGUACAUGUGUAUCUGGCCCAUUGAAAUAGGCUCGGAUGCAGCUGUACAUCGAGCUUAUAUGCAAUCAAACAAUCAGGAAUGUAAUUCAGAUCUCGAUGCGACAUUUAUUAUAAGGGGACAGUUGUAUUUUCUGCAUGAAAUGCUCUAUUUUAGUAAGUAGUCUGUGCUCACUUGUUUCAAAUCUGUUUCUGCAUGUAAUUGGAUUUUGUUUGCUUAGAUGUACAGUGCUUAUAGAAUAUGCGCUGAUUAUAUAUUCGGUUAUAUCACGGCAAAGCUCAUUUAAAGGGACCACCUGGGCGAGGGGUUAACCUGGCCAGAAUAAUACACCUUCUUGCCAUUAUGCGUCGCCACUUGUAGUAGGAGACUGAUGCUGAUCUCUAAAUAUUAUUUUCGUCUGUGUAGCAAGGCAUUUUUGAACAUGGCUUGUGGCUUUCAGGCAGGCCUUGGCUUACACCCUGUUCUAGUGCAUUGUUUACUGCAGUUCAAUGAAUUUUUAAUCACCUUUGAACAUUCGGUUUUCUUUUUUGUUCAUUUGAGUUUUAUGUACAUAAAUGUAUCACUCAGUGCUUUUACAUAUUUGUUAAUAGGUUACAUGUGCAUACAUGUUGAUCAUGUUAUAAUUAUAUAGUCAUGUA